AUGGCAACGAAAGAUUUAAGUCUGUCAGACAACGAGGACGCGCUUGACGGGUCCCCGAAGGACUUGUCCGCGAUUCUGGGGGCGCCCCAGAAUGAGGCGCAGCUCGAGAUGGAGCACCUGCACGAUCACGGUACCGUGGAGUCUUUCUCAGAGCCGGAAGGGGAGCCGACGUCUCUCGUUGUCGACGAGCUACCACUCCAGGAUCCUGACCUGUCCACGGUGUCCAAAAACGAGACGCUUCCUGUCCCAUCAGAGCGGCGCCUUAAGAUUUCGGAGCAGCCGUCAUCCGAGUCUGCAGCCGUUAACCCGGAGCAGUGCGACGUCCCACUAAAGGCAAACCAGGCGGCUGGCAUGGCGGAGAUGAUCACUAGCGAGGACCUGCCCAUGCAGCCAGACUCUGCCAACCAGACAUGCAACUCACUGCAGGAUUCCGCGCAAACGCAACUGUCCCCAGUUCCGAGCCCAAAGAAGCUCGCACCUCCGCCAUCCGAGGACCAGCCGGUGACACCUACGCUGUUGCAGCGACACAUGCUGCUAGUGCCCCGCAAGACCGCACCGGUGUUGGCCAAAGUCCCGGACUCGCGUUCGGUGGACCCUGCAUCCACUCCACUAAUUAGGGCCAGGAGUGUUCUGGCAAAUCAGUAUCUGCAGCGUAUUGGACAUCUGCGUAGCGCGCAAGAAGACACCUGCCCGCUGGCCGAGGAUACCACGAGCAUCGAAGAGACCACCCUGGAGCCACCUGAAAACUGCAAGAAAGGAGAGUUUGAAGAGCUCACCCUCAAAUUGCACGACGCUGAACAAAGUGCGGUGACGUCGCAGGCGCAUCAGCAGCCGGAAGGGGACGCGAAGUCCAAGGAUUUCGAAACCCCUCCAGUUUGCGGACGUAUUGCAUUUUGGAGGAAGCGAGAGAGUGACGCGGUUUACAAGGGCAUGGCUCCGGACUCCAACGUGUGCAAGCAGGGGCGUUUGCCGAUCUCUGACACUGGGUUGCGACCUGAUCCACAGCAAUGACUUUUUUUUCCUUUAUUUUUAGUCUAUUUUAAAAUAAGAAAUUUAGAAAACUACAGUUGUAUUUUACUUUACCUUUAUUUUUAAUUUCUACAUUUUAAUUAAAAAGUGAUUCACCCUA